AUGCGUAAGGCCUUGGAUCUCUGGCAAUGGCUCAGAACCCCGCUCAGAAUCCUAAUUACACUACAUGGACUCAAUGUCGGCGCCUGGGGAGGGAUGCUUUUCCUCCUUCUCUGCAAUGCCGCCCCCGCCAUGUGCGAUCCCUCCUGCAACGACCCGGACUCACCGCGACAAAAGUGGAUUGAAAUCGAUUCCCAGAUUCUCAAUGCAUUGUUCUGCAUUCCCGGGUUUGGUUUGGCACCCUGGCGCAUGAGGGCCUCUACCUUUGGAUCCGCUGGCGGAUUGGUAAAGACGCCGCUACUUUUGCUCGUCUACGCCAUACGCACCGUGCGUGGUUUGAUUUUGCGUCCGAGGAGGAGACACGCCCCCGAUGUGGAAAAUGAGCUUGCUGGUGUGGUGCAAUGCUUUGAACACGGUGUUCCAAGCCUGCUUAGCAGCCUGUCUGGCGUGAAAUUUAUCGACAGGCUGCACGCCUUCUACCUCGCCGACUCCCACACAGACUCCUUCUCGCAGGAAGCAUAUGCUCUCGCUAUCCUCAGCGACACCGUUCCCUCAACCGGAGGAGUCUCGACAAGGACCUUCCUGUCCAGCAUGGCUCGCAGUCUGUUCAUCUCUGCCGGCGCUCUCGCCUUCUCACACAACAGCGCUGCAAGCGGAUGGUCGCAGAAGGUCAGCCCCUACGCCUCAGGGUACCAUCUCCAAGCCGCGUUACUCACGCGCAACGCCGCCACAGCUACAUACCUCCUCCACACCCUCUGGGGCUCCAUAGGUGACCCUGCUCAUGGAAACUACACCGGCUGCACCUGGGAGACGCUGGACACCAGCGGACGCCCCGGUCUCGGCGCCCCGACGUCGCUCUGCCAUGCUUGGGGUUCUGCUCCCACGGCUGAGCUGAGUCGUCAUGUCGGUGGUAUCAGGGCAGCGACUCCCGGCUUCAGGCGGUGGAAGGUCGAACCGGUCACCCUGGGUCUGCAGUGGGCGCGCGGAAGACAUCCUGUCCCGGGGGGCGUCAUUCAGGUGGAUUGGUCCUUUGACAGAGAUGGCCUACUUACCAUGACGGUGAACGCCCCUGUUGAUACCAAUGGUACUGUCCUACUUCCCAGGCCCCUACAGGUGCUUUUGAAACGGUACCAAGUCUCUGGGGCGGUGAGGAAGGUGGGUGAUGGGGCGUUUGCUGUGCAAGGGGGGAGGCUUUUACCCUCCGCCAGAAGAGGUAGGCCGAUGUAUAACUGUUCCCCCUGUAAUUACCGAGCGGUGUUUCGUCUCAAGUAG